AUAGGUGGACGUGCAGACAGCUUUUUAACGGUUUCUGAAUGGAGCAUGUAUGAAGAUGGAACAAGCAUCUCUUGCAGACAGCAAUGAAUGAACACUUUUUACAGAUUUCAAGAGACGAUACAGCUAAACGACACCAUGCAUGACCCGACUGUGACUCAGACCAGCGUGGCUGCCAUCAACUGGAGCACUGAUGCUCCCCCGUGCACCCCGAACUACGAAGAGGACCGCGUGCCCCUGGUGGUGCUUUACAGUGUGGUGCUGGUCAUCGGGCUGCCUGCCAAUAUCGUUACUGUCUACCUGACCUUCCUCCAGGUGCGCCGCAAAAAUGUCCUGGGCAUUUACCUGUUGAGUCUGUCCGUGUGUGACCUUAUGUACCUCUGCACCCUGCCCAUGUGGGCCAACUACGUGAACGCGGGCCACCAAUGGUGCUGGAGCUCCAUGGCCUGCAAGGUGACAGGCUAUUUCUUCUUCAACAACAUGUACAUCAGCAUCUUCCUGCUGUGCUGCAUCUCCAGUGACAGAUACGUGGCCGUGGUCUACGCCGUGGAGUCGCGCGGCCUUCGGCGACAGAGACUGGCGGUUGCAGUUACCGUGGCCAUCGUCUUGGUGGUGUUCGUGGGCCACGUGCCGGUGUUUACCAUGCCAGAGGGCGAUGCGGCAGAGGGGCAGCGGCGAUGCUUCGAGCCAGGCAAGGGCACGUCCACUGUGACGGGUUUCAACUAUGCCCGCUUCGUCAUUGGCUUCCUGUUCCCCCUGGUUGUGCUUGUGGUCACUAACCGUGCCAUCCUGGCCAACGUGCAGGCUAGCACAGGGCUAAGGCAGUGCCAGAAGGAGCGGGUGCGCUACUUGGCGUUCGCCGUGGUGGUCCUCUUCCUGGUGUGCUUCGCACCAUACCAUGUCAUUCUGCUGCUGCGUGCGGUCACCUUCCACUUCCCCGAGCUGCAGAAUUGCCAUUUCCAGGAAAGCCUCUAUACCCCUUACACUAUCUCCCUGGGCCUGUCCACCUUCAACAGCGCCAUCAACCCCAUCCUCUAUGUGCUUUCCAGCGACAACAUCCGCAAGGAGCUACGUCGCGGCCUUUCAGGCCUCCGCGGGCGAGCCACCCUGCGGCCACGUUCCACCGACAGCAGCCAGCACAAGAUGCACAACUCCAAGAACUCAUCAGAAGUGGCAGCCGCCACACAAGAGGGGGAAAAGCAUGGUCGUUGAUGGCAGAGGAAGGUUAGGGGUUCGAUGUACAGUAUGUAUGCUCAAACUAUGGGAGCCAGAGGGAUAUGCAGGUGUGACAACUGAAGGAACCCUGGACUGGUGACUUGCAGGUACUCUGGAAUAUUAAACAGAAUCAGCAUAGAGCCAGGUGGAACCCCAAACAUAGCAAGAGCAAUGGGGGACGAUGUAAUCCAUCUAUCCCAGAAUCUGACUAAAAUCUGAAAUGAUAUCAUUGAAACGGUUCAAGCAGGGGCAUUGUCUCCCUAUUGAUGGUAUCAUUCUAACAAGACUCACAGUUGCCAGGAGCCAUCUGUCUAACGGCAAAUGUUGCAAAGUUUGAUAAGAGAAUGACGGCACAAACAGCACAAACCAUCAUUCUGUUAUCCAACUUUGCACCUGCACUGUUUAUCAAGUAAAUGUGUUUUUGUCAAAUUUUCUGUGGAAAUUGUUUGACGCACUCAUUGUGCAUAGAGUUGUAUGGUUUGUUUACCUUUGCAGUCAUUGGUUUUUGUUUGACAUACAUUUUAAAGUGAAAGAUCUGAGUGUCUCUGUGAACUGGCGUUGUUAGCAUCGCUUAGUUUCAUAUGGAUGGAUCUGAGUUCAGCCAGCAAGUUGGUUCAGCCAGCAAGCAGACACUAGCUAGCUAGCAAAUUUUCGUGCACAUUACGAUUUUCAUAAACACACCUUAGAUAGAUGUAGAAUUAGGAAAAAACUUCAAUAUUAGCUACAGAUUUAUCGUUUUUGGUAAGACUAACUCGGACUCUUUUGAGGAUGAAAGGGGGUUCAGUGGACGAUGUCACCUUGGUAACAUGUUCUAAUGUUAGGACAGCAUAUUGUAGCCUAACGCCUUGUUAGCUAUCCCUGAUUGUUUGCGAGUUAUCACACAAGGCAUUGAUUCCCCAGAGCCUUUGUAGCAUUGAAUCAAUUGAGUUGUAUUUUGCGACUAGGCUACUGUUUCUGUGACAGCAUGUGCAUAAUGAUGUGCCCUACCUGUAAUUUAGUGCAUUAUUAUUGGGUAAACAUAAUAAGCAGCCUCAAUUGCAUAUUUGCAGCCAUAGGAGGUAAAAUCUCUCUAGGAGCUGAUCCGUCAUCAGUAUUGUGGAAUAAUUCUAAUGCCAAUGUAUUGAAUGGAGAAAUCUGAUCCGAGAACAGUGCUGCUUUUCUUUGGAUCCUAUCAGUAUCGACACAUGGUCUAACAACGCACUUAGAGAACGUCCUCUCUGCGUGUUUGUUUGGAAAACACUAAACAGGUUGUAAAGAAAGGUUCAUCUGGUACGAUCAUCGUAAUGCUUAAAGGCCCAGUGCAGUCAAAAACAUGAUUUGUAUAUAUUUCCACACCAUGAAGUUGGAAUAAUACUGUGAAAUUAUUCUGGUACCCUUUAAUGUUAGAGCUGUUUGAAAAGAUUGCCUGAAGUGUCUGUCUAUUUGGGUGGGAUGGAGUUUUGAUCUGCCUGGUGACAUCACCAGGCGGUGACCACUCCCAGACAGUCCUAGCAGAAUUCUUGCUUGAGACAUUGGUCUUUGCUAAGAAGCUAUGUUUUUGUUGCUUUUUGACCAUUUUAACUGAAAACAAUCACAUUAGGAUACUUAAUUGAUACCCAGAAAUGAUUUAAUAUUGAGAUUUUAAAAAAUGGCUGCAUUGGACCUUUAAGUUACAUCACAGCUGGGAAACGAGGCCCUGAUCUGAGACAUUAACGUUAAGUUCAUUUCUGCGUCAUGUUUUGCUCUUCAUCUCCAGAUUAAGGACUUGCCAAUGUUUUGACAAACUCAGCAGUUAUUUGUGUCCAUAUGAAAGAAAAGUUUGAAACUUGCCUCUCUGCUGCUAAUGUAGGAGUGAGAAGCUUCUACAAAACUGUCUACUGAAGCUUUUCUAUGAAAUAAUGUGGUUUCCUUUGGGGAACAGUAGUUGUUAAGUAAAUUGUGCAAAAGCUAAUCCAAUAUGUUAUGUUGCAAUACAUAGAUAUUGUGUUUCACAGUAGAUGCAUAGAUCUACAUCAUGUUCUUAAACUUUAAUCAAGUGUGUUUUGAAAACAAGAACAAUUGUAGUAUUCGUCAUGUUUUAGGUGUUAAGUGUUUUUGUAACAAUGUAAAUAUAAGUCAAGACAUAAUCUUCAUAUAACCUUUUAUAGCCGCAAUAUAACAUUUUAUAUACUUUGGUGUUUUUUCUCCUAUAUUGCAGACCAUUGUAAAAGUUUGUAAAAAAGCAAAAGUUUGUUCUUUUUAUUAGAAAAUUGCACUUCUUGAAUAUUAUUUAUACUGUUUCUGAACAUUUUUAAGUAAACAUUUGAAGUAAAA